ACUUCACGUUGGCUCAACAGCCUGUACAUUUUUUCUCAAUAACAGUUGGGAAACAUUUGUGAUUUCAUUUGUGCUGUAUAUGCUUAUUUAAGGUCCGUUGUUGAUAUUCUAUUUGGUCUGUAAAGGGGAAGGACAAUCAUAAACUUGCUUUAUUGAUUUAUUCUCUCAGGGGGGGUCAGUGCUGAAAGUAGCUUCAAUCUGGAUUGUUGAAUUGCCGAUGAGAAACAAAUGUUUUAUGGAGAUGAGGACAAUCUCGACAAGGUUCCAGCUAUGCGGUGUGGUGGAGUACGCUGUGUCCGUAUGCGGUGCUUUACCAGAAAGAUGACCAGAUCCCCAGAUCUCCUGCACAUGGGAACUAGGACACAUCCAAGGCUCCUCCGGGUAUCCUUCCUAGUCCUUCUUCUUCAUGCAGCCAUAGCCUCUUCCCUAUCUGCCCCGCCAUCUUUGUCCUCACCGCCAUCAAAUGCACAGCUUAAAACAACAACAACACCACCUACACCAAAUACUACCAUAUCAACUAAAACUACCGCACUUUCUACACCAAAUACAACCACAACAAUUACUUCAACCACAACAACUACACCAACUACAUCCACACCAACCACAACCGUGUCAGCUACAACAACCACAUCUACUACAACAUCUACCACCCAAAGUACUGUAGCAUCAACCAUGUCACAUACUAACACAGCAACUGCACCCUAUCCAACCACAUCAGCUACAACCACGACACCUGCAGCUCCAUCAACCAUACCAUCCACAGCUACAUUAACCACCACUUACAUUCCUUCAUCUAACACUCUAAACACAUCAACAGUCGUGGUGCCCAUGUCGAAUGCAGCAGCACCAAAUGCAUCCACCACCCCACCCCCCACAUCACAUACAACCCCUCACCCAUCACCACUGCACACUGCCUCAUCCAACAUGACUAGUGGACCAAUGGCGUCCACUGUGCCAUCUCCAUCCACUACCUCUACGCUGCACUCAACCUCACCCAUCAUGUUGUCCACCGCUAACAUGACCUCGAAAAAUGACACAUUUCCGGGACACUCCACGCCUUUACCAACAACAGUCACCUCUAACGUCACUACAGAGCCAGCAAAGGUGCAUUGCAACUUCUCACAGCUCUGUGCCAAUCAGUCUGUUUACUACUGGAUGGUCCUUGCUGUGGACGUGACUGGAGACCUGAAGAUUGAAACGGACAUCAGUGACUGGUUGUGGGAUCUAUUUCAUACUCACUUGGACACCUGCGAGCCCUACCAACCAGAACAAUCAAAUGGCACAAACUCGACAGACACACUGCGGACCACCUCAGUCAGUCCAGCAUAUCCCACCCCCUACAACAUGACCACACGGCCAUACAACUUCACCGCAGCAACACCAUCCCAGAACUUCACCGCGACAGCACAAACGCUGAACUACAGCUCGACCCCCUCGCGCGACUUCAGCAUGACGGCCUUGACAACAAACAUGACAACCAAGCUUUACAAUCACAGUAUUACUACUCCUUCACACAACCAUGGCAUGACUACCACACUCUACAACCAUAGCAUGACUACACCAUCACACAACUACAGCACGACAACUCAUUCUCCCAGCUGUACCAUGUCUGCCACCACUAGUAAAGAGCACGAAGGUGGAAAUAUGACUGCCGCCAGCCUGUUUCAAGACAUUGAAGUGACGUGCGUCAAUAAAACGAGGAUCAGGAGGACUAACUGUACUGUGCUGCUGAAGCUGAGGAAGCCCACAUUUCCCUGCUGUGUUCAGCGGGCCAUUUGGUUGGCUGCGGAGAACAGCCCCAUACGAGCCGAUAUUGUGGGAAACAGAGUGGGUAAGGGUCUGUCUCAUUGCGCAGGCCAACUGCCUCCAGUCGGUUCUGCGAAGUGCAAUGGCUCCCUCAAUGGGACCCUCCCUCUCCCAAACACUUGUCAAUUUCCAGGGUCUGUUAAUAUCUCAUGUGGACAUUGCGGGACUGUUUAUGUUCCUCUUGGGAAUCAAACCCAAAUGGACGACGGCAAGCCCCCUAAACCCCCCAUCGAGGCGAAGAUUUUCUGCAACUGCUUCGCUUAUUGCGAUGGUACAGCUGCACGCUACACCUUGGACGUACAGAUCACAGAUUCUGCUCUGCACAUUUCAAACAUCUUCUCUCUGGUUAAACAGCUAAGACAUCCACCACCCUGUCACAACACCUCAGCGACAGGUCCUCUGCUCAUCAUAUCGACUAUCUUUCAGUGUGCUUACGUGAAAUGCUUUAGCACGGAGACAAAUCUCCAAAGCUGCAGGGUUAUCGUGGGCCUUGGACAUUCAGUGCCUAUAUGUGCAGUCAGCACUGCAUUGAUGACUGUGUUCAGUGAUGAGCGUGGCAUUGACUAUGACGGAAAGGUGACACGAGCAGGAAUUUGUAGCUGGCCAGGAUCCAGUGGAGAUCUAUUGAAUUCGACCCUCAGCUCGGCGGAGAGCUGCCUCAACCAAUCGGAGUUCUGGACGACUGUAGAGGAGAGCCAUGGCAAAUUUGUCUGCAAACAAGGAGAAGUUGUGUGCGUGCUCCCGAAUGAAAUGUGUGACAGAUACCCCACACCUCCUCUCACUUCACCCAGCCCAAUAGCCAGCACUACUUUGCCUCCAACAACAACACGGUCUCCUCCACCAAACACCACUCUACAACAAAACACCACCUCCCUCCCAUUGAACACAACAUUACCUCCACCCAACAGCACCUCUACAGCGCCAAAUACUACAACCUCCGCUCCAAAUACUACAACCUCCGCUCCAAAUACUACAACAUCAGCUCCUAAUACAACAACAUCAGCUCCUAAUACAACAACUUCAGCUCCAAAUACUACAACAUCAGCUCCAAAUACUACAACAUCAGCUCCUAAUACAACAACAUCAGCUCCUAAUACAACAACAUCAGCUCCUAAUACAACAACAUCAGCUCCAAAUACUACAACAUCAGCUCCUAAUACAACAACAUCAGCUCCUAAUACAACAACAUCAGCUCCAAAUACUACAACCUCUGCUCCAAAUACUACAACAUCAGCUCCAAAUACUACAACAUCAGCUCCUAAUACAACAACAUCAGCUGCUAAUACAACAACAUCAGCUCCAAAUACUACAACCUCAGCUCCAAAUACUACAACAUCAGCUCCUAAUACAACAACAUCAGCUCCUAAUACAACAACUUCAGCUCCUAAUACUACAACAUCAGCUCCAAAUACUACAACAUCAGCUCCAAAUACUACAACAUCAGCUCCUAAUACAACAACAUCAGCUCCUAAUACAACAACAUCAGCUCCUAAUACAACAACAUCAGCUCCAAAUACUACAACAUCAGCUCCUAAUACAACAACAUCAGCUCCUAAUACAACAACAUCAGCUCCAAAUACUACAACAUCAGCUCCUAAUACAACAACGUCAGCUCCAAAUACUACAACAUCAGCUCCUAGCACCAUUGUCACAACACAAACCAACACAAUGACAACCAUCCACCCCAUUCAUCCAUCGCUAAACACCUCCACAACCAGGACCAUUGCCACAACUCCCCUGGGUAAUACCACUGCAAACUCAUCAACACCCGUCCUUCCACCAGUAAACACCUCCACAACCAGGACCAUUGCCACAACUCCCCUGGGUAAUACCACUGCAAACUCAUCAACACCCGUCCUUCCACCAGUAAACACCGCAACAGCCUCCCCAAAGACCACCACGACAGCCGUGAUAACAACCACCGCAGGUAACCACUCAGCACAAAACACCACAGAAGCCAGUAAUGAAGAGCAGGCCAACCAGUUGCUGGAUCUGACAAGCGACGUGUCCAAGCUCAACUCCUCCCAGGUGGACCAGCUGGUAUCCCAGCUAGAGGCCCUGCUUGCUGGGCCCAAUGUCAGCCUGGCUCUGGGGAAAACCUCUGUCACGAUCGUUAGCAACCUGCUGGGUGUCUCCUCUGACACCCUGGCCUCCUCCUCCACCAAGAUCAUUGGGAUUGUUGAUACUGUGGGCCUGAAGCUGGUUGUUCAGGAAGAAGCUACGAUUUUAACCGAAUCGGUCGCUCUCGCCGUCAAAACGGUGGACGGCACUGAUUUCCAGCGAACAUCUUUCUCCAUCCGAGACCCCAACAGUGUGCAGAUCCGUGGAGACAACAGAGCCAGGAGGAGUGUUAGAGCAGAGGCUUCCUCCCUCCCUCAGGGGUCCAUCACGUUCCCCUCUUCCCUCACAGCGAACCUCUCCCCUGAGCAGCAGCUACAGGCCUCCAGACUCCAGUUCAACUUCUACCAGAAGAGCACUGUGUUCCAGGACCGAGCCCUGGGAGACAGCAAGCUGAAUAGUGGAAUCCUGGGGGCCAGUGUGGCCAACCUGUCAAUCAAGUCUCUGCAUGAGGACGUGGUCAUCACCCUGAGAAACACUGAACCUGUCUUAGCACAUUUCGUGGUGGCAUGUGUUUUCUGGGACUUUGGCAUGAAUGAUGGCUCAGGAGGCUGGAACCGAGAUGGCUGCUCUGUCAGGAACAGCACAGAUAAUGAGACUGUCUGUGUCUGCAACCAUCUCACCUGCUUUGGUGUUCUACUGGACAUGUCCAGAACGGGCAUAACCAGUCUCCAGGCCACAAUCCUCACCUACAUCACCUACAUUGGCUGUGGUAUCUCCGCCAUCUUCCUCUCCGUCACUCUGCUCACCUACCUGGCAUUUGGGAAACUGCGUAAGGACAUCCCAUCUAAGAUCCUGAUCCAGCUGUGUGUGGCUCUGUUGUUUUUGAACCUGGUGUUCCUGGUGGAUGGUUGGCUGGCCCUCUACCCUGACGCUGUGGGCCUGUGCAUCUCCACCGCCUGGUUCCUGCACUACUUCCUGCUGGCUUCCUUCACCUGGAUGGGCCUGGAGGCCGUCCACAUGUACCUGGCCCUCGUCAAGGUCUUCAACACAUACAUACCACGUUACAUGCUCAAGUUCUCGCUCCUUGGCUGGGGAACUCCACUCCUUGUGGUCAUUGUCGUCAUUGCUGUUGACGAGGACAACUACGGACUAGUUGGCUACGGAAAGUACGUAGAUGGCUCCCGCACAGAUGACUUCUGCUGGCUGAAGAACGACAUUGCCUUCUACGUAAGCGUUGUGGCUUAUUUCUGUGUCAUCUUCCUGAUGAAUCUUGUCAUGUUUGCGGUAGUGAUGGUUCAGCUGUGUCGGAUAAAGAGGCAGAACCCCGACAACAAGAGGCACCGUAACGGGCUGCAGGACCUGCGCAGUGUGGUUGGAGUCACAGUACUCCUGGGUCUCACCUGGGGCUUUGCCUUCUUCGCCUGGGGGCCCGUCAACCUGCCCUUCAUGUACCUCUUUUGCAUCUUCAACUCCUUUCAAGGGUUCUUCAUCUUUGUGUUCCACUGCGCUGUGAAGGAGAACGUGAGGAGGCAGUGGAGGACUUAUCUCUGCUGUGGUAGACUGAGACUGGCGGAGAACUCAGAGUGGAGCCGCACUGCAACACAGAAGACAGGGAAGAAGUCAUUGCCAGUGACCAGAGCCACGUCCCUCCACUCCGACAACUCCUCCCAGUUCAACAAUUCCUCCAUCUUCUCCUUCUUGUCCAAUGACUCCUCAGAGCGACCCAGUGGAGGAAUAGGUAGUCCAUUUGAUGACAGAUCCAUCACUGCCCUGGAAGUGCCCAACUCAGACGUGGUCCUCAACGAGAUAAACAGCCAGUUUAGGAGCCCGAGUUCGAGAGCACCCUGACACCUGUGAAAAACUAGGGGCUCUAUUCAAUCUUUAUCACUGAAGAUCACUUUACAGAUUGCGCAAUAGAAAUAUCAAGGUCAUUUCCGAUUGCGCCGACAUAUGCAGCGUUUACCGUGAAUGCCGUCUUGGUUAACGCGGGAACGUUGCCUUUAAAUUUAAAUCACGCUGUAACGCUAAACUUCUGCGAUACAGAUUGAAUAGAGGCCUCCGGGUAGGCUGGUGGGGAAGGGACGCGGUGUGACACGGUGUGUUUCAUAAUAGUUUUGAAGAAUAUAUGAAAUAGUUGCAUGUUAGUGUUACAUUUUGUAGUUUAACAGAAAGGUGUGACAGAUCACCCUGAAGAGAUGGGACAUCACCAAAGAGCUUGCAUGCUCAUGGAUUCCAUCUGGUUGACCUGGCAAUACUAUCAUGAACUCGCCUGGGCUGGCACCUAUGAUUGUGAAUAAUGCAUGUACUGAAAGGGUAUCUAGCACAGAGAAAACCCCCACUCAUAGAUCCUCAUGAGGUGCAUCCUUUGACCGCAUUCUACAUACUUAAUUUUUUUCUCUGCAUUCUUCAGACCCGUAAGUUAAAUGAUGGUUCAAUUUAAAAAAUUUAUUGACAAAAAUAAGUUAAUACCAACACUGUGUCACUAUCUGUUUUCAUCUUCAAGAUGUAGCUCUUUUAUACUCUAUUCAGAAUCAAGAUAUUUUCAUGAGAUGUACAGUACCAGUCAAAGUUUGGACACACCUACCCAUUCAAGGGUUUUUCUUUAUUUUUACUACUUUCUACACUGUAGAAUAAUAGUGAAGACAUCUACACUAUGAAAU